UAAAUUGUUUUGUAACGCAGAUUUUUAUAAAUUAAUUAAUAAUUGAAGUGCUUUAAGCAUGUUGCGCAAUUUGGUGCGUACUUUUGAGAGCGCACUUAAGCUGCAAUCAGCCAGGAGCAACGCCUGUCUACCCUUGAAUGCUGUCGUGCGGAGCCAUCGUACACUAUUUACCGAGCAAUUGGAGGAGAAUGCAACCAUAAAUGCGAAGAAAUCGCUUUUCACAUCUAGCGCCACAAACGAAUCGGAUAACGAAUAUGUGCAGAAACCCUAUAGCACCGAAAACGAAACAGGCACGAAAUCCAGUGUCCUGAUUUCAGCUCUACGCGAACGCUUCCGUCUCACGGAUACCGAGGCCGAGCGCAUAAUGAGCGAUGAGUUGGUGCAUCGAAGCUACCGAAACCGUUCUCUGACCCUAACGCUGGACGCUUUGCAGCUGGAGGGGGUGAGCAAGCGCAGUUUUCUCGAAUAUCCCUGGCUUUUGACGCUGGAUGUCAAACGACUGGAGCAAAAGAUGCAGCUCAUCAAAAGCAUGCCGAUACGUGACAUCAAUCAUUUUGUGCCCUUUCUGCGUCUCACUUUGCCGCGUUUGCGCAAACUGGUGUCGGCGUUGAACAAGGAAAUGGACACAAUCGAACAUGGAAAUCGUGUCUACUACAUUAGCGAGAAACUGCAAGUGGCCCCUGAAUUGGUUACCAAAUACCUUUCGAAGCGUUUGUUCAUCUUGGAAAUGCCAUUCGACAUGUUCGAGAAGAAUUUGCAACACAUGAUCGACUACAAUGUGUCACCAUUAAACAUACUGAAAGAUCUUUGGGCCUUUCGCUAUACACCCAAGUCAGUGCAGUUGCGAUUAGAGCGUGCCAAGCGGGCGAAGAAGGAUAAAAUUAUGCCGUGGAUGGUGCGCUGUCCAGAGCCAAUUUUGCAGCGCUCCUUAAAACUGUCGUUAGAUGAGCUACGAGUAUUAGGCAAGUUCUCCUCAGUGGCGGAAUACAUGGCAGAUCGUUUGGGAUUCAGUGUGCAGGAAACCAAAGCCAUUAUGGACAAACAUCCGCAGGUGCACACCGUGCGCGUUACAAAGAUCAAAGAAGUUCUAGACUAUUUGCUUAACGAUGCGCAGUUUUCACGCUUCGAAGUAGCGCAGGUGCCGCGUAUUUUGUGUCACAGUCUUAAAACGACAAAAGCGCGGAUGGAGGAGCUCAAAUCCAUCGGUUGUCGUCCCUCCUCGCUUGUGAUUGUGUGCCGCAGCAAGCGGGAGUACGAAAAGUUUCUGCAGUACUGGAUGAGUUUAACAGGCACGCAUCGCAGCAGUGUAAAUAAUAAAUCAGAACUUAAUAGUAGUUGAUGGCAAGGUCCAAAAAGAGUUCAUCCAAAUUUAGUGUACAUAGUCUAGUUUUUGAAUUCAUUGUUGUCUAAGACUAAAAAAUUUGAGAAAAAAUAGUUGAACGUUUUAUAAUUAAUAAAAAAUAAUAAAAUAUACUUAAA